CUGAAAUUCACUCAUUCUGUACAUCAAAACGGUGGAUCACGCGUCUUCUCCGACGACUUAAAAACCCGGUCACAAACAAACCAUCAAACCGAUCACCGGACCAAAAUUUCCGAUAAAAUAACCGGCACAUGCAAAAUCAGUACUAUUUACAAAAUCAAUUUAUCGUCCGGGCAUCAAAAUGUCGUCAAAAUUAACACCGACACAGAGAUACGCGGCUGGAGCUUUAUUUGGGCUGGCCCUAAACCAGGCCCAAAUUCAUCAAACCCUACUUUUGGGCUCUUGUUACGAUGAACUGACUGAAGACCGUGACAGCAAUGCAAGCAGUAGUAGUGAUUCUGUCGCUGAAGAUCCUUUGCUUUGGGUUAAUGAGUCUUCGGGUUUGCUCCGACCCGUUUUCAGGUUUUUUGAAAUCAAAGAUUCGGCAUGGUGUGGACUAGAGGAAACUGCUGGUUCUUCUUCUCCAAGUCGUCAUAUCGGAGCGUUCUUAAGACUACUGGCAGAAGAAAGCGUUGACGAUUCUUUGGAAGCGUCUGAUUAUGAGCUUGCUUUGUCCAAUGCUGUCAAUGCCAUGGUGGCAAGCAUAGAAACAACCCCUGAGGAUUAUGAGUCCAAAAAAGAGAAGCAACGUGCAUAUGCAGAUGAGUUGCAAGAAAAGUUGGCCACUAAUGAAUCAAAGUCUGAACUGGAAAACGAGAACCUAAAAACAGAGCUGGAACAAGAAUUUGGAAAGGAACACUCCAAAAACGAGCAGGAGAAGGAUUGCAAAAUUGAAAGCACAAAAUCCGGACAAGAGAAAGAUUGUAAAAUCGAAAGCUUACAACUUCAGCAGGAGGAGGAUUGCAAAAUUGAAAAGUUAAAACCUCAGCAGGAGAAAAAUUGCAAAAUUGAAAUCUUAAAACCUGAGCAGGAGAAAGAUUGCAUAAAUGAAAGCUUAAAAAACGAGCAGGAGGAAUAUCGCGAAGAAAACCAAAAAAAUGAGUUGGAGAAACAUUACAAGUUGCCUAGCACCGGAGAAGUUUGUAUUUCUUCCAACAGUGUGGUUAAAGAAGAAGUCAUUGAAGAGGUGAGGAUGCUCAGUUAUGGAAGGAAGGUGACAGUUCUAUAUGAGCUUCUUUCAGCUUGUUUGGCAGACAUACCUGAAGAUAAUAACAGUAAAUCCAAGAGACGUGGGAAAGGUUAUGAUGCUCGACACCGUGCAGCUUUGCGGUUGCUGACAACAUGGUUUGACAUCAAAUGGAUCAAAAUGGAAGCAAUUGAGAUCAUUGUUGCGUGUUCUGCAAUGGCGAUUUUAAAACAAGAGGCAAAGGAAGAAGAUCAAGCACCAAAAAGCUCAUGGGCUAAAUGGAAACGUGGUGGUAUCAUUGGGGCUGCUGCCUUAACUGGUGGAACCUUAAUGGCAAUUACUGGUGGUCUAGCUGCUCCAGCUAUUGCUGCAGGGUUUAGUGCUUUAGCACCUACGUUGGGCACAAUUAUACCCGUGAUUGGAGCCGGUGGGUUUGCUGCUGUUGCAACAGCUGCAGGAAGUGUUGCAGGUUCUGUUGCAGUUGCGGCCUCAUUUGGAGCUGCUGGAGCCGGACUAACCGGGACAAAAAUGGCUCGAAGAACGGGAGACGUUGAUGAAUUUGAGUUCAAAGAAAUAGGAGAAAACCAUAAUCAAGGCAGGCUGGCGGUGGAAAUAUUGGUCUCGGGAUUUGUUUUUGAGCAGCAAGAUUUUUUUAGGCCAUGGGAAGGCCGAAGUGAUAAUAUGGAAAGAUAUGCACUUCAAUGGGAGUCUAAGCAUUUAAUUGCAGUAAGCACCGCAAUUCAGGACUGGCUUUCAUCAACUCUAGCAAUGGAAUUGAUGAGACGUGGUGCCAUGAUGACCGUCUUGAGCUCUUUUCUAUCAGCUUUUGCCUGGCCUGCAACUUUACUUUGGUUAACAGAUAUAAUUGACAGCAAAUGGACAAUUGCCGUGAACAGAUCCGACAAGGCUGGAAAGCUGCUUGCUGAAGUGUUGAUCAAGGGUUUGCAAGGAAACAGGCCCGUAACGCUAGUGGGUUUCUCCCUUGGAGCACGUGCUAUCUUCAAGUGUCUUCAACAUCUUGCUGAAACUGGAUAUGAUGGACUUGUAGAAAGAGUGGUUCUACUUGGGGCACCUAUCGCUGUACAAGGUGAAAAUUGGGGAGCUGUUAGAAAGGUAGUCUCCGGCAGAUUGAUAAAUGCUUACUCCACAAAUGACUGGAUGCUGGGAGUAGCCUUCCGUGCCAAUCUCCUAACUCAAGGAUUAGCUGGAAUUCAAUCCGUAAAUGUCCCAGGAAUCGAGAAUGUUGAUGUUACAGAAUUGAUUGAUGGUCACUCAUCUUACCUAUGGGCUACACAGGAGAUACUAGAUCGUCUGGAACUUGAAACUUAUUAUCCCAUUUUCAGAAAAAAUAGCAACAAAAGUUAAGGUGGGUUUCAUUUUUCAGAUUGUUCCUACAAGGCUACAAUGCUGCUACAUAAAACCCUAGUCAAGUUUUUUGAGGAGCCGGAAUGAUAUGUAUUAGAGACAUGAGGUUGGUGUAUAGAGGGAUGGCGCUUCCUUCAUGUAGUUGUUUAUGUACAGUGGGGUUGGCAGUAGGCACCAAUGCGAGUAAUUUUGUUCAGUCACUGCAUGACAGAUCACAAAACUUUUCAUGUACAGUGGGGUUAUAUGCAGAUUCUAUCAUGUUUAAAUACACCUGAAAACCAUAUUCAUGUUGCAAAGCUUUUUGUCUUUGCUUGUGUUUGCAUCA